AUGGGGACGACGACGGCGAGGGAGACGGGCGACGCGGCGAAGGCGAGCGAAGGGAAGACGGCGAAGGCGCUCGCGGCGAAGCCGGCGGCGGAGUCGUCUUCGACAGCCGUGGAGCUCGUCGCGACGGCGAAUUUAGGCGGUAAGUCCAAGGUUUUGUUUGAGAUCGAAGGCGCCGGAGAGGCGGUGGAUUUAGACGGCGAUACCGGCGCCGUGGGUCGUUGGCUCGCCGAGUCCUCGCGCGCGCUCAAGGUUGACAUGAAGGGCGUGAUGUACAACGCGCGCGUCGUCUCGAGCGCCGGCACCGUCGUCGUCGUCGCCGUCAACGCCGACGUAGCCAAGAUCGAGAGCGUACACCGCGAGUUCGUGCAGCUUCGCGAAGACCCGAGCGCGAUGGGCGGCAUGGAGAAUUUCGGCGUCGGUUCGCUCUUCGACCAGGACGAAGACGUCGACGACGAAGACGUCGCCGUCGGCGCCAAGCGCAAGCGCGCCGCGGAGACCUCCAAAGCCUCGGGCGCGUCCGCUCGCAGGCCCGCGACGAAGCUCCGCGAACGCGGCGCGAUGCCCGCCCCCGCGGACGCCAAGCGCGUGUUCAAGCUCGCGCUCGGCGCGGACGGGACGAAGAAACAGCGAUACGUCGUCGAGACGCGCUCGGCGGGCGGCGGACGGCUCGGGGUGAUUCUGAUCGGACUGAAGAGCCCAGAUCGGGUGCUGGUGAGCUCGAGCGCGGCGCGCGCGGCGCUGAACGCGGAAGAAUUCGUGUGCGUCGACGCGAACGUGGAGCGAGAGCUGGUGAACGCGCGAGCGAUACGCGUGGUGCGAGUGGAACGCGGCGAACGGGUGUGCGUGCUGGAUGAUGGUGAGGCGACGAACGCGAACGUCGGGGCGCCGGCGAACCGCGGGGAGACGUCGACGGAGGGCUCGCCGAGCGGACCGCCGCCGGCGAAGAUGAUGGGAGCGACGAACCAAGACGUGUUGGGGAUGUUGAGCGGGAUCAUGAAAGGGGCGAGUCCGCGGAUUUUGAGGAAGGAUGAAGCGGGAGGGAUAAUACAGAGCGAGCCGCCGGCGCCGACGCGCGCGGCGGGGCAACCGACGGGGCAACCGACUCGGACGAAGUCGCCGAUGUUGACGCCGCGAACGACGCGCGGGGGCACCGCGACUCGUGGGCCGACGUCGACGAACGGGCAGACACCGCCGAUGGGGAGUGCGUCCGGCCCUGGUGCGUCGUCGCUGCCGCUGGGUACGUUUGGCGCCGCGUCGCCGUCGUUCUUUUCGCCAGCCUUCGCGUCGCCGAGCGAAGCCGCGCCAGCGCGAGCGAGCGGUGAUGAUUACAUCGAAAGUAUGAUGAGUGAUUUUUCCGCGGCGCUUCUCGGAGGUGAUACAGGAGACGCGCGCGUGGGCGCGAACAUCCCUCUCGGAUACACUUCACCGUCGGUGAACUCGCAUCAACAACUCGAGCACAACGUCCCGUCAGCGGGUGACAGAGAAUUGAGUCCGUUUUUCUCUUCCGUGGACGCCUCAGCGAGUGGUGUCCUCGGAGGCGCGCUAGAAGAUGGUGUCGACGUGGCGCCGCACGAAGACAUUUCCGGACUUCGUGGCGGCGAUGCAGACGAAAUCGACCUCGCCGAACUCACAGCCGGUCGAUUCGAAGCGGAUGCACUGGGUCUGGACGCCACCCCGGCCGAACUCACAGAUCUGUUGAAUCGAUCGCGCAUACUUCGUCAAGCCACGGAGACGUUGGGCGAUUCUGCGCUCGACGACGAUUCCAUCAAGGAGGAAGUUUCCGCGCCACCGACGAACAGCGUGUUCCGCGAUCUGCAGCGCGAGCCGUCGGCUGGUGAAAUAUGCACUGCGUUUAAUUUGCGCGGGGAUAAGUUCGGAUGCAACGGGUGCGUGAGUCGACACGUGUGUCAACUCUGCGAGUCGCCGCGUCACACGUUUGGAAUGUGUCCGUCACUCUACGCCAACAUUCAUAAACGCGUGGAGAACAAAGUGUGCUUGGAUUAUUACUUGAACUCCGUGGACGACACCGGCGGAGCUUUGCGUAACGGAUGGGAUCAAGAAAAGCACGUUUGGAAUUUGUGUCCCCGCAGCGACAAGUGCAUGCUCGAGCACGUGUGCGGCGCGUGCGGAAAGAGCGGCAACGACGCGCAUUUACCGACGUGUCGCUUACACGCCGUCUUCGCCGACUCUGCUCCAGUCGAUUUGUGUCGAAAGUACUACUUGCACUCUCUCGGAGACUAUUUCAAGAUGGAGAGCGACUCGCAAAAGUUUAAAAUCGGAAGCAGCGGUGGCUGGGCGUUGUGCGGCAAGGGCGAUCGAUGUCACUCUCGACACAUUUGCGGUCACUGCGGUGAAGAAGGACGCGGCAAACACAAGCCAGAGUGUAAACUGCACUCUGUGUGCGGUGUGAUUCCGGACGCGAACAAGCAACCAUGCUUUUUAUACUUCAUGAAGUCCAUGGUCGGCAUUCGCGAGUUUGAAAAGGCCCUCCUCGGCGGUAGCGCGAAGGGAUUUUGCUCGCAGAAGAAAGGCGAGUGCUCUGGAUACCACGUGUGCGGUUCUUGUGGGAAGGAAGACGUGUCGCCGUACAACGCGGAAGGCCACGCCGCGUCGUGUCGCAUGCGAACGAUUUCCAACGAAAUCGAUCCGACCCUCAACCCGCGAACGAAACAAAUGCUCAAAGAUUACGAAGAAGAACUCGCACGCGUUCGCGCGAGCGCCAAGUCGAAGGAAACUACCGCGACGCAAACCAUCGGUGACGAUGGCUCGAAGGCGGAAUCGAAAUCCGAUCAAGUCGACGAUGACGCUUUAACGCCGAUCGACGUGAAACGAUGUCGACGCCUCCGAUCGGAAAUUGACGCCAUCCUUCGAGGCAUCGGCGACGACAUCGAUUUGCUCGUCGAAGAAGCGGUGGAAUGCGCGGGUAAGGAAAUGAAAAAGAGCGCGAAUCCGACGCACAAACUAGAACAAAUUAGAGAGAACUUUCGAAAGAUGAUGUGAUGUAAUAUGUCGAUGAUGACAAAAUAUUGUA